AUGGCACAGAUCGCAAGUGAAGAUUUUAGAAAAUGCAGGCCAUUAUUGAGAAAAUGGCAAAAGGAUCUUGACAAUAAUCAAGAAGAUUUAAUUCUAGAAACGUUCGAGUCAAUGCAAGGUUUAAAAGAAGAUUCCUUUGUGCAUGAAGUUUUUGAACCUGUGAUCAGGCCAUUUAUCCGCAACAUUAAUUUUAAAUGUGAAUGGUCAACCGACGUCUUGGAAGCGUCUGUACAUCGGAAACGUAAAUUUGACCCUAUAUUACAGGGACGAAAAGCUGAUUUUUCAGUAUAUUUGCCUAUUAGAGGUAAUAAAUUCUAUUUGUUGGCUUCGGAAAUAAAGUCUGCCGAUUUCAUUUUAUCAAAUGGAAAUAAAAUCGCUUUGGAAGACUGGGAUAUUGUAAAAUUAGGCAACGAAAUGAAGGAUAUAAUUGACAAAUGUAUUUAUGAUGGAAUAAAAAGUAAUGAUUUAAUAAUUUGUGGUUUAUUGGUGGAAGGUUUUCAAUGUCGUUUAUUUGUUAUGGAUUUAAAAUAUGAAGCCAUAUAUCGGAUGAUUCUUUUGGGGAAAUUUUAUCUCCCUCGAGAUAGUUCUGAUUUUGGCGUACUUCCCACUUCAAUAGAACGCCUUAU